ACGGCGCAUGCGCAGUGCGUCCACAACUCUCCAGUCCCGUCCACUGGCGCAGACAUCAACAAGAGACUGGGUUUACUGGUGCGGCUUGAUUUCCACAACAGUCCCAUCGUUCCCACUCGGAGCUGCACUUUGACCCGGUCCGCCCGCCACGCACAACAAGAUGUUUGGCUUUCACAAGCCGAAGAUGUACAGGAGUCUGGACGGCUGCUGCAUCUGCCGUGCAAAGUCUUCCAGCUCUCGUUUCACGGACAGUAAGCGCUAUGAGAAGGAGUUCAGGAGCUGCUUCGGGUUGAGUGAAACCAGAUCUGGAGAAAUCUGCAAUGCAUGCGUGCUGCUGGUGAAACGAUGGAAAAAGCUUCCUGUAGGAACCAAGAAGAACUGGAACCAUGUUGUGGACGCCAGGGGAGGUCCCAGUUUAAAAAUAACCUCCAGGCCCAAGAAAAUAAAGUCCAUCUCCAAGAAAGCUCGGCCGAGUCAGAUCAGCAGGCUGCAGAAAGAGCUUAAAAGAAACAAUUCCGAUGCUCACAGCACCACCUCCAGUGCCUCUCCGGCUCAGUCUCCCAGCUACAGCAACCUGUCGGACGACGGCUCUGACACUGAGCUCAGCCCGGGUUCCAGCCGCUCUCCGGUUUUCUCCUUCCUGGACCUCACCUACUGGAAGAGGCAAAAAGUUUGCUGUGGAAUCAUCUACAAGGGUCGCUUUGGAGAGGUGCUCAUCGACCCACAUUUGUUCAAGCCGUGCUGCCGCAAGAAACAGCGACAGCAGCAGCAACAGGAGGAGGAAGAGGAAGAAGACGAGGAGGAGGACGAGGACGAGGAAGAAGAGGUGGAGGUAGAGGAAGGCCAGGUGGGAGCGGAUGUCGAAGUGGAAAAAUCCCAGGCGGAAGAGGAAGUGAAGGAAAUUCCAACAUGUGAGGAAAACGCAGAGCCCCCUCAGCUAUGUGUUACCAUGACAACACCUCCAACCAGGGGCGUAGUGGUGGCAGCAGAGGCGGGGUGGUAAAUCCAAACCCCGCCCCCCCCUCCUUCCCUUUGCACACAUCUCUGAAGAAAUCUCGGGGUUCUGUUUUUUUCUCUCGAGCACUCACAGAAAGAAGUUGCCUCAGAUCGCCUUCAGUCACAAAGCAGCUGAAAAUCCUUUGGUCUUCUCCAUAAUGGUGUUGGAGAUUUGUUUAUUAUGUUUGAACUGUAACUUAUGAACUGUUGUGUUUCCACUUUGUCUCUCUUUUUUCGUUUGUAUUUAAUAUUCUUCCCAUUCUGAUGGCGGAUCACCAUCCGUUGUGUUUUUGAUAUACAUUCGAUUGAAAUGCUGGAGCUCUUGUUCGCUGGUACAUCUAAAGAUUUUAUUCCAAAACGCAAUAGAUCCACCGGCUCAAAGAAAAGGGUGCUACUUGAAAUUCAUCACUCAACAUUUCAAACAUGCAACUGAAAUCAUUCUCAUUCUGGAUAUUUUACAAGCUUGUUUAGAUUUUCUCUAUACUCAGAGUAGAUGGCUCUUUCCUUUUGAUGGUGGAUAUCUCGUUUUGGAAUGAAUGACACUUUACACUGAUGGAGCAAUGACCUGUACAGUAGCCCUUGUGUUUGUCUCUAUUCACAUCCACUCCUAUCAAAGCAUUUGUGUUUGUAAACUGGAUUAGCGUCUCUGUGUGCAAAUGCGUUCGUCGUCCCAUUGAAACGAGGCCUAUUCACAGCUUCAACAGCAAAUACACCAGCCUUAAUUAUGUGUUACAGACAGUGCUAGUGUUAAUUCUGGAUUGGUAAUAAGGAACAAAAAGGGACAGUAGCUAUAUUUAUCGUGGCCUGAGCAACACAUAGUGCAUUUUGCAUGAAUGGCGAGCCACUCAUCCAAAAGACCUAACGAUCUGAUGCAUGAGUCUACGAAAAUUGCAUGGCCUUAUAUAAACUGUAAAUCUUAUUUUUAUUUUUUUGGAUCCAUUUCUCUGGAGUUUUAACUUAUUUUUGUAUGUAAAAAAACUUAAAAAAAGGAAAAUAGAAAUCUCUUUGCAUAAUAAUAAUACUUCAAAAUACGACAGUAAAACACAUAAUCGGUCUAUAGUCAUUCAGCAAUAUCAGCAUCAGUGUUUUUCCUCAUUCCUGGGUCAGUAUACGGUAAAAGACUUUAUACAAGCUAAAAUUCUAUGCCAUUGCCUCUUAUAUACCACACAUGUGUUGUGAUAUAUAGCCUAAUAUUACUUUAUUUAUCAAAUGAAAGCCAAAGCACAUUGAAAUUCACCCAAUGUCAAAUCAAUGCAGGUUUUCUAUGGACACUUGUGCUUGUCCGAGGUCAUUUAUAUGUAUGUCUAUGGUAUUCUGAAAACCAACACUAAUAUGAAAUUUCAUACCUGUGAUGUUGUAGUUGGGAGCAGAGGGUGUGUUCUGUACAUAAGGGGUUGGGCGAGCCGUGUGGCUCAUAUAUGGGAUUAGUUAUUUAUUUAUUUCAUAUUUAUUUGUAUCACUGCGUCCCUGCUUAGAAGUGUAAUACUAUGAAUUCUUCUCUUCCUUAGCUUUUGCGUAGCAUGGUUUUUGUACAUCAGAAAUCGAAUGUAAUUCUCACGCAGGCUCUGUUUAACGUUGCGUUGAAUUACCGGUUGUCAAUAUUUGUGAAAUGAUGUUAACUAUUUAUUUACUCAUCGGUUGAGUUGCGUGCAACCUAACUUAUUCUGUAUCAUCAUUUUGGAUCUGUAUCCUAUAAACUGAGAGAAAUGAUAGACUGUACUUCUCCCCUGUUUAGCCUGUAGCUUAAAAAUGUUCAAGAACAGUAGGAUAUCUAACUGUAGACUUGCAUGUACUGUUGCUAUGCAUUUACUUAGCUUACCAGUUAGACAAAGCAGUUUUGUAUUUUUUAUAAAUCAUGUACUUUUUUUACAUGUCCCUUAAUAAAACCAAUUUUGUGAUUUUUCUGGAAA